AUGGCUUCAGUGCAGCCCACUCCGGCUGUCCAGCACCCCGGUGCUGCGAUGCCCGCUGCAUUCGGGAAACAAGAGAUUGAAGAGAUGUAUCGGAAAUUCAGACAUAUGAAAGAUACCGGCGUCCCCAAUACCGAUCCCGAGUUUAUCAAAACGCAGCAAUUCCUGAUGAAUAUCCAGCAAGCCCAUCAGCGCAGGCAGCAGCAGCAUCAACAACAGCAAAACCUCAUGCGCCAGCAGCAGCAGCAGCAACAACAACCGCAGAGCGCGCCAAAUGGUGCCGUAAACGGAACUCCAUCUGCUAGGCCGCAGGCGACUGCUGGUCAAUCCACACCGAACGCGAAUGCCUCCGCCGCCGCCGCCGCCGCCGCACCUAACUCCGCGUCGACUUCGUCACCCUCCAACCAGAAUGGCAAUGCCAUGAGCCUCUUUUCUCAGCAACAACUCACCAUGCUGAGGCAGCAGAUUAGCGCGUUCAAACUGUUGUCGCGAAAUGCAGGUUUACCACAGAACAUCCGCCAAACCCUGUUCUCCCAACGGCAGAAGCGUCAGGCAUCUCUUUCUGAAACUGCGCCGCAAGCUGCUCCUACGACCGCCCAACCUACUCAAGAUCCGUCUAAGAAAGUCAUGAACGGUGUUGAUUCGGCAGCCGAGGACACGUCAUCACUUAAGGAACCUGGCCCGAAGAGCUUCAAGUCACCAUAUGGCAUGUUGAAGAAUACCAUCAGCUAUUACGAUCAUGGCCAACGGAAGAAUCGAUGGAUAAUUCCCAGCAUCUUCCCGACGGGCGUGGAUGUCGAUCAAUUACGGCUGGAGCAGGAGCGCUCGUUGUUCAAUAGGAUGAGCCACCGGUACCAACAAUUGAAGGCGCUUCCCGCGAACCUUGCCCAUUGGGAUUCAACCAAGGAGGCCGUGGAGGCCGACGAGCGCCUACGCAUCAAGGCGAUCAUCGAAAUGAAGUCGCUGGAGCAAUAUGCGAGACAGCGCAAGUUGCGUGAGAAGGUUGGCCAGAUGAUGAUGACCUAUGACAACCUUGCCAUGACUACCAAUCGCAGCAAUUAUCGCCGCAUGAAGAAGCAGAGCGUAAGGGAGGCGCGCAUUACCGAAAAACUGGAGAAGCAGCAGCGUGAUGCCCGCGAGAACCGCGAGAAGAAGAAGCACGUCGAUUUCCUCAGGGCUAUCUGCAACCACCGUGCCGAGAUCAUCGGCGCUGCCGAAGCCCAGAAGAACAAGUCGCACAAGCUGAGCAGGGUCAUGUACAACCAGCACUACAACAUCGAGAAGGAGGAGCAGAAGCGAUUGGAGAGGACAGCCAAGCAGCGUCUGCAAGCUCUCAAGGCCAACGAUGAGGAGGCCUACCUCGCGCUGCUUGACCAAGCCAAGGAUACCCGUAUUACUCACCUUCUGAGGCAGACCGAUGGUUUCCUUAAGCAACUGGCUUCGUCCGUCAAGGUCCAGCAGCGCCAGGCUGCUGAGAGGUAUGGAGAUGACGGUGGUGCUUUCAACGAGGAGGAGGAGAGCGAGAUCGAAUCGGAAGAGGAGGAUGAGGAGAGCGCCCGCAAGAUUGAUUACUAUGCUGUCGCCCACCGGAUCAAAGAGGAGGUCACCGAGCAAGCCAACAUUCUUGUUGGCGGAACGCUCAAGGAGUAUCAGAUCAAAGGUUUGCAGUGGAUGCUGUCCCUUUACAAUAACAACCUCAAUGGUAUCCUUGCCGACGAGAUGGGUCUCGGAAAGACUAUUCAGACCAUCAGUCUCAUUACCUACCUCAUCGAGCGGAAGCAGCAAUACGGCCCCUACUUGGUCAUUGUGCCACUCAGCACCCUCACCAACUGGAACCUUGAAUUCGAGAAGUGGGCGCCAUCUGUUUCGAGGAUUGUAUACAAGGGUCCUCCAAAUGCCAGAAAACAACAACAGGAGAAGAUUCGCCAAGGCAGAUUCCAGGUGCUGUUGACGACGUACGAAUACAUCAUCAAGGAUCGCCCAAUUCUUAGCAAGAUCAAGUGGUUCCACAUGAUUAUCGACGAGGGUCACCGCAUGAAGAAUACCCAAUCCAAGCUCACUGCCACCAUUCAGGGCUACUAUCACACUAGAUUCCGACUCAUUCUUACCGGCACACCGCUGCAGAACAACCUUGGCGAGUUGUGGGCCAUGCUUAACUUCGUCCUACCUAACAUCUUCAAGUCGGCCAAGACCUUCGAUGAAUGGUUCAACACACCUUUCGCCAACACUGGUGGUCAGGACAAGAUGGACUUGACGGAAGAAGAGCAGAUUUUGGUCAUUCGACGUCUGCACAAGGUUCUGCGACCCUUCCUUCUCCGCCGUCUCAAAAAGGAUGUCGAAAAGGACCUCCCCGACAAGACCGAAAAGGUUAUCAAGUGCAAGUUCUCGGCAUUGCAAGCCAAGCUCUACAAGCAGAUGGUCACGCACAACAGGAUCAUUGUCAGCGACGGAAAGGGCGGCAAGACGGGCGCUCGUGGCCUCAGCAACAUGAUCAUGCAGCUAAGGAAACUGUGUAACCAUCCUUUCGUCUUCGAUGAAGUCGAAAAUGUCUUGAAUCCCCUCAGUGUUAGCAAUGAUCUUCUCUGGCGAACGGCCGGCAAGUUUGAGCUUUUGGAUCGAAUCCUCCCCAAGUAUCAGGCUACAGGACAUCGUGUUCUCAUGUUCUUCCAGAUGACGGCCAUUAUGGACAUCAUGGAAGAUUACCUGAGGUACCGAAAGAUUGAAUUCCUGCGUCUUGAUGGCAUGACCAAAUCGGAAGAUCGAUCCGAGCUUCUUAGAGCAUUCAACGAGCCCAACUCCAAGUAUUUCAUGUUCCUCCUCUCCACUCGUGCUGGUGGUCUUGGUCUGAACCUGCAGACUGCAGACACGGUCAUCAUCUACGAUUCCGAUUGGAAUCCCCACCAGGACUUGCAGGCCCAGGACCGUGCUCAUCGUAUCGGCCAGAAGAACGAGGUCAGAAUCCUCCGACUCAUUAGUUCCAACUCAGUCGAGGAAAAGAUUCUGGAACGUGCUCGGUUCAAGCUGGACAUGGAUGGCAAGGUUAUCCAGGCUGGUAGAUUCGAUAAUAAGUCGUCCGAGACAGAUCGUGAUGCUAUGUUGAGGACGCUUCUCGAAGCAGCAGACAUGGCUGAAGCCGGCGAGCAAGACGAGAUGGACGACGAGGAGCUGAAUAUGAUUCUGGCUCGCAGCGACAAUGAGUUGACUGUCUUCCAGAAGAUAGAUGAGGAAAGGGCAAAAGAUCCCGUCUACGGUUCCGCACCGGGCUGCAAAUCCAAACCUAGGUUGAUGACGGAGGAGGAGUUGCCAGAUAUCUACCUGGGUGAAGGUAACCCCGUGCAAGAGGAGGAGGAAGUUGUACUCGGUCGCGGCGCUCGCGAACGGACCAAGGUCAAGUACGACGAUGGUCUUACUGAGGAGCAGUGGCUCAUGGCUGUGGAUGAUGACGAGGACUCACCCGAGGCCGCGGCCGCCAGAAAGCAAGCUCGUCGGGAGAGGCGGGAGGCCAAGAAGCUGAAACAGCUUACCGCCUUGAAUUCACCCGCAGCGAGCCGGGCGAGCACCGAGGAAGUCGAAACCCCCAAGAAGCGUGGCCGAAAGCCUGGGCCCAAGUCCGAAAAGCGUAAGGCCGAGGACGGCGAUGAGGAGCCCCCGCCGAAGAAGCGACGAGGUCCUCAAGGGCGGCCGAAGGCCAUCGCCGCAGUGAACGGGGACUCUCGCGUCAACCCGCAACAGCGCGAGGUCCUUCAAAGGAGUCUCAGGACGCUCUAUGAUGGCCUCAUGAAUCUCGAGUCCGACGAACUUAUCGACGGUGUUGAAGAAGAUGAGUCCGAACCUCCCAAGAGGCUCAUCAUUGGACCCUUCAUCAAGUUGCCGCAUAAGCGAGACUACGCCGAUUACUACCUCAUCAUCCAGUCGCCAAUCUGCAUGAAGAUGAUGGAGACGAGGAUCAAGAAGGGUGAAUAUAGCAGCCUUAGCGACUUCCGCAAGGACUUCGAUUUAAUGAUCAGGAACUGUCGGACGUACAACGAGGACGGUAGCAUACUCUGGAGGGACACGGGUAUUAUGGAGGAUUAUUUCAAUAAGGCAUUCGAUUCGGAACUCGAGAACCAUCCCGAAUUGAAGGAACUUGAGGAGUCUCCCGACAAGGAUGGCUCAGCUCCCCCAUCCGGCGCUGGAGAUACCCCACAGCCCGCGUCUUCCGGUACUAGAAUCCGACUAGUGUCGUCCAGCGCAAAGGAGGCGGCAAAUGGAGACAAUGCCGAAGAGUGA